AAUGCAGUUUGACAGCCACAAUCAAAAGUUUUGCAAAAUGUAGUUCAUGUAAUUCAGACUGAACUCUGCUCAGGAGCAGUGUGCUGAUGCUGAGAAUUUAACUAGCCUGGAUUCUGAAAAUGCCAUGUGUCUAUUUGUCUCUUAAUUUGGUAAAUGGCCUUUUAGAACUGAGUACUACUUAUUCGCAAGCCAAAUGAACGAGAGGGAGAAAAGUUCCAGGAUCAAACUGAUUCCAGAUUAUGGAAAUAGUUCUGUUCAGUGACUUUAAAAAAAAAAAAUUACACAGUGAUAUAUGACUUUCAGUCUCUUCUGUCUCUUUAAAAGACACAUACAGCAAGAAAACUCAACUCAAGAAGCUUUAUGUGAGGAUUUUUGAACAAGAAAAUUAUCUUCCAGUAGAACCGAAUUCAGAUAAUGGCUUCUGAAGAGCAUUUUCUUCUAGACUUGAAAGUGGAUAACUUUAUUCUUUGCAACAUCUCCAUCAAUCAAAGUGCAAAUCUUUCCAUCCCGAGUGAUGAUUGGUUCUACCCAGGUUUCCUGUAUGCCAUUCCAACUAUUUAUGGAAUCAUCAUUUUGAUAGGACUUAUUGGCAAUAUCACUUUAAUUAAGAUCUUUUGUACUGUGAAGUCCAUGAGAAAUGUUCCUAAUUUGUUCAUCUCCAGUCUGGCUUUAGGAGAUCUACUCCUCUUAGUGACCUGUGUCCCUGUGGAUGCCAGCAGGUACCUAGCUGAUGAAUGGCUCUUUGGUCGAGUUGGAUGUAAACUUAUCCCCUUUAUACAACUCACUUCAGUGGGGGUGUCAGUCUUCACACUUACAGCUCUCUCAGCAGACAGGUAUAAAGCGAUAGUGAGGCCAAUGGAUAUCCAAGCCCCUCAUGCGCUGAUGAAGAUUUGUAUGAAAGCUGCUAUGAUCUGGAUUUUAUCCAUGCUGCUUGCCAUUCCUGAAGUUGUGUUUUCUGACUUGCACCCUUUCUAUGACAGAGACACUAACAAAACAUUCAUCAGCUGUGCCCCUUACCCACAUUCUGAUGGGCUACAUCCAAAAAUUCAUUCAAUGGCAUCAUUUCUGAUCUUUUACAUCAUUCCUCUAUCGGUCAUUUCAGUGUAUUACUACUUCAUUGCUAAAAAUUUGAUCCGGAGUGCUUACAACAUACCUGUGGAAGGAAACAUACAUGUUCAGAAACAGAUCGAUUCACGGAAGCGUCUGGCCAAGACAGUGCUGGUGUUUGUGUGCCUCUUUGCUUUCUGCUGGCUUCCGAAUCACAUCAUCUAUUUAUACCGGUCCUACCAUUAUUCAGAGGUAGACACCUCAGUGCUGCACUUCAUCACCAGCAUCUGUGCUCGAAUCCUGGCCUUUGCUAACUCUUGCGUAAACCCUUUCGCGCUCUACUUGCUCAGCAAAAGUUUUAGGAAACAGUUCAACAACCAGCUGUUGUGCUGCAGAACCCGUCUCCUCAUCAGGUCCCAAAGCAUGGGCAGAAGUACCACUCGAAUGACCUCCCUCAAGAGCACCAACCAUUCAGUGGCCACGUUCAGCCUCAUCAACGGCAACCACAUCUGUAACGAAGGCUGUGUAUAGGGUACAUGGCAGGGACAGCUUUGGAAAUGGUUGCGCAGUGUAGAUAGCAUGGCUGCCUGCUCUGCUUUGCGGGGAUAGUGAGUACCAUACAUGCAUAGAGAAAGCAACUGCAUACAAGAACUUCCAGGUACUUUAGGGCCUGACACCGUCGUAGUGAACACCUCAUGUGAUGUGCUGAAUGCCUUUAUUGUCCACCGAUUUAACGAGAGUUGAGUGCACUCAGCCCCUAUAAGAUCAGGCCUUCAUUGGCUUGGAGUCAAAUCUUGAAGUCCAUAGUUUUGCCUCAGUUCUGACUCAGGCAGACUCCAACCACAGUCACAUAAAAACGGUGUAAGGGAUUCAAGAUUUGUCCCAUUGUUUGCAGAAACAACUUCAUGGGUUUGUUUGUUUUUCUGUCUUGUUUUUUGGCUGAAGUAAACUCAUCUAAAUGAGAGCGACCCUUUUAAAAAAAGUUAAGUGUUGACUAUUUCCUAGAACUGUCAACUAUUUAUAAAUGUUUUGAAUACAGUAUUCAUAGUGUAAAAAGAUUUUAACAGUAUUUACUGGGGUGUGCUGGCCCCAUCUGAAAUGAGUAGUAUCUUGUACACUAUCAAUGUGAAAGCAGUAACAUUUGAAUAAAUGUGAGUUAGAAGAAGUUUACAGUUUGAGUGUGCGCAUUUUGCCAUAUUGCAGAGGAAAAAGCACAGCACUUUGAGAGUUACUGACUACUCUGCUCUUCUCUUUGGGGUGCAAAAUAAUGGGGAGUUACAUUAUUAAAUGUGUAAUACAGAAUUUUAGUUGUGUUUGAUUAAAGAUGAACAACAAAUGUCAAAUGAAGCACAGAAGUUCUUCAUGGGGAUGUAUUGUAAUAUGGGGGUGUACAGUGAAUGCCAUUAAAAACUCAGGGCCUGGCCUCAAACCAAUUACAGCAGCUUUAUACCUGUAUCUCCACUGAAAUCAUAAAACUGGUGGAGAAUCAGGCCUUCAGUAUUUUCCACUGCCUAGUGGUUGUGGCACCAUGGCAUCCAUUAUUCUCAGAAUAGGAAGAUAAUGUGCUACAGUCACUGCAGAUUCCAAACCCUGCUUUAACAUAAGGCAAAAUCCAAUUCCCAUUGAAAUAACUGUGAUACGGAUCGAGCUGUACAGUUAUAAACCUCUUAAAACAAACUGGUGCAAAUGAGAGCAGAAUUUGACCCUUGGAACAGUGAAUGCUGAGUUAAUGGUGCACCUUGUUGGGGCAGGGGGUAUCAAAGACAAAGAGAGAAUGAAACCAGCAAAACUUGGUGGUAAAUUUGUAUUGAAAAUGCAAAAAUAUAAUGUAUUAGUUGGGAUAUAAUCAGACCAAAACCUCCCAGUGCCCACUGAAUUCAGUAGGAGGUGCCUGCCUGCCUCCAAGGGCAGACAUUGGAUGUUCAGCAGUUCACGGGUUGGUUUCCUUCUGUUGGUUUCAGUAGUUUCAGUCUACGAGAGUGUGUGUCCUCUGAAUUUUAGUUAGUGGGUUAUAUUAACUCAGCAUUCACAGCUGUAGAAACUAGUUUUGCCUGGUUUAGAUGUGAAACCAUAGAUUGUCCUGGGAUCUCAUGACUAGGGUCUCAUGACUAGGGGCCUACCAAAUUCAUGGCCAUGAAAAACGCAUCACAGACCAUGAAAUCUGAUCUCCCCCCGUGAAAUCUGGUCUUUUGUGUGCUUUUACCCUAUACUAUACAGAUUUCACGGGGGAGAUCAGUGUUUCUCAAUUUGAGGGUCCUGACCCAAAAGGGAGUUGUAGAGAGGUCACAAGGUUAGCUUAGGGGGGUCAUGGUAUUGCCACCCUUAUUUCUGCACUGCCUUCAGAGCUGGGCAGCCAGAGAGUGGCAGCUAUUGGCUGCGAAGCCAGUUCUGAAGGCAGCUCCCCACUAGCAGCAGUGCCUAAGUAAGGGUGGCAAUACCAUACCAUGUCAUCUUUACUUCUGCGCUGCUGCUGGCGGUGGCUCUGCCUUCAGAGCGGGGCUCCCGGCCAGCAGCCACCACUCUCCAGCUGCCCUGCUCUGAAGGCAGCACUGCCGCUAGUAGCAGCACAGAAGUAAGGGUAGCAGUACCUCAACCCUCCCUACAAUAACCUUGCGACCCCUCCCCCCCAACUCCUUUUUGGGUCAGGACUCCUACAAUUACAACACUGUGAAAUUUCAGAUUUAAAUAGCUGAAAUCAUGAAAUGUAUUAUUUUUAAAAUCCUAUGACUGUGAAAUUGACUAAAAUGAACCGUGAAUUUGUAGGGCCCUACUCAUGAGAUUGGGCCCAGGUUUGGGAGCCUUUGAGAGACUCUGGCUUGCCUUUCAAGCAGUUCAGAAAAUCCCAAAUGAGAGGAAUAUAUGUGGUUUUGGAUUUUGCAAUGAAUAUUUUCCAUGCUCUAGUACAAUGGUGGGCAACCUGUGGCCCGCGGGCUGCAGCAAACCAGAGCCACUGGGAGCUGCGGGCGGCCGUGCCUGUGGAUGGUCAAUGUAAACACUGUCUCACGGUCUGCCAGCGGAUUACCCUGAUGGGCUAACCGUCCGCAGGCACGGCCACCCACAGCUCGCAGUGACUCUGGUUUGCUGUUCCUGGCCACUGGGAGCCGUGGGCAGCCAUGCCUGCGGACAGUCAAUGUAAACACUGUCUUGUGGUCUGCCAGCAGAUUACCCUGAUGGGGUGAGUGCGGCCCAUGGGCUGCAGGUUGCCCACCACUGCUCUAGUAAUUAAGUAAAUUCAACCAAUGUGAAUUAGUAAACAUGAUGAUUAAACUGUUUAGGGCUUAACUGAUGUUGAGUAGUACCUUGCAGCAUAAGUAGUCCCACUGACAUCAGAUGGACCUACUUGUAGAUCAGGGUACUACUUAGGCCUUGUCUACACUACGGAGGGAGAUCGAUCUAAGUUAUGCAACUUCAGCUAUGUGAAUAACGUAGCUAAAGUUGAUGUCCUUAGAUCUGCUUACUGCGAUGUCAACUAGAGACGCUCUCCCAUCGACUCCCCUUGCGUUUCUCGUUCAGUUGGAGAACGGGAGUCGACGGGAGAGUGAUCUGGGGUCGAUUUAGCAGGCCUUCACUAGACACGCUAAAUUGACUGCCGAUGCAUCGAUCGCCACGCGUUGAUCGCCCGGUAAGUGUAGACAAGCACUUAAUGUGAAUAACCCAUUAGAGUCUGGUACUAACUGACUAUUGUUAGUUUUCACCUUUCUACUGCAAGUACAGGUACUGAGAUCUAUGAGGGCGGCAGUGGAGAGAUUUGCUGUUCUGAUUUAAAAAGUGCUUUCCUCAAAAUGCAAAUAGCAGCUAACUGUUUGUUCUUCAAAAGCAAAUGCGCUAAUUUUGGUGCACCAGAUAGAUGGGAUAGUACAGAGAAAGAAGAGAGUUCUUUCUAGUUACAAAUUCAUGUAUGACAGUCUGUUACUGUAUUCUCCUGAUGACUCAAUUUUGUUCCUCACUUCUAAAGCUGGUCAAAGGUGUGUGUGUGUGUGUGUGUGUGUUUCUGCUGAAAAUUUCAACUUUUCAUCAAAAAUUUGAAAACCUUAAAAAGUGUUUGGUUUUUUGCAACCGAAAACCAAAAUAUUUUGGAUAAAAACUGAAAAGGUUUGGUAGAAAAAAAAUCAGUCUUUGGUUUUCUGCCAAAAAUAUUUCAGAAAGCUUCUAUUUUCCUCAAAAUAGUCUCCUUUAGUCAAAAAUCCAGUUUUCCAUUGAAAAAAGCUUUGAUGGAAAAUUUGCAGAUAGCAAAGAAUUGAAUUGGGCUGGCCCAGACAGAUUUCUCAAAUGUGUUUUCUUGGAAAUUUGCAAAGAAUUUUUUUUUUAUAGCAGACAAAGAACGAAUUUUCUCUGCAGCCUUCUUGCCAGUCUGAAACUGGCAUUUGUUUUUGGCCCAUCACUUCACUAAAGUAGCAGAAAAACACAGCCUACGACAUCAGGAAAGACACAGACUUUGAGAGGGUUUGUUUGUUUGUUUGUUUGUUUGUUUGUUUGUUUGUUUGUUUGUUUUUAAGGACGAUGAAAUAUUUGGGGUUGUAUUUUUUAUAGUUUAUUACUUGUCUCAUUUCCCCAGUUUCAAAAACAUGAUGCAAUUUGUCACAGAACUACAAAGGUUUGAAUCCUGAUCUCAUUGAAAUCAAUAGCAAUUUUACUAUUGAUUUCAGUAAGACCAUGGAUUUGGCCCAAGAUGUAGUCUCAGGAAAUUUGUUUUUGUUUUUUGUUUUGCUUUUUUAAAAACAAAUGGGACUUUAGAAACAAUCGGCACUAAAUAGCAUACAUCAGGCCGAACUAUUGCUUAAUCAGACUGUAAUGCUUUACACAGCAGAGGAGUUUUGCCUUUGACUUCAGUGGGGCCAGGGCCAGGAUUUCAGUUUAAAAUUGCAUUGGCUUAGAAUUAUUCUUUUAGAAUUGUUCAUAAGAAAAACACCAGAAACAAUCUAAAAAGUCAAGAAAACCUCUGCAAUUGAAAGGUACAAAUCCAGCUCUCUCAUUCACCAUGCAGCUCUGCACCAAUAUUGCAAUUGUAACCCAGUGUUUCUAAAUAUUGUAUUAGGUCAAAUAUGUAAUUAUAGACCCUCAAAUAUUUGUGCUGCAUGGCAACAAUAACUAAACAAGCAUAUGGUGGAAUAUAAAUGUGAUAUUAUUGAACCCAAAUAUUUAUUUUGAGCAGAAAAGAUUGCCAUUUAUUCUGAGCAGUGACUUCUAACUUUUCAUUUAAAGGAAGUUUUUUAACCUAGCAAGGAAACAGGAAAUAUUGCAUAUUGAUAAACAUAUAGGCAAUUUUCAUAAUUAAUUUGAUCAGCAUGGAAGUAAAGCUAUGGCCAUAGAAUAGAAAGAUGACAUUUUCCAUGCAUGAUUUGGCAAAAGAUACUUCCAUUAUUGCUUGUGCCUCUGACCCUCUGAUAAAAAAAUCCAAUUUUAGAGCAGAAAAUCUGUGUUUAUUCCAUGAGAAAAAACUGUCUUUCAGUCUAGCUCUGGUUUGGCCUCUAAAGGCAUGAAAUUCAUUGCUGCCUAUCUGAGCAAUAAGCAAGCCAUUGAAUGUUGAAUGUUUUGUUAUUAUUGCCAGUGUUAUCCAUCAUUAUCACAGUGAGGCUUAGAGUACAGGUUCUGUGGAGCCACAUAAGAUGUGCCUAUAUAAUUUUUUAAAACGUUGUUUAACCCAUAUAUAGUAAUGGUCAAGAGAAAAGAGGCAACUGUUCUGGGAUGCAGAUGAAUAUACAGAGGACAUCAUUUAAAAAUUGAAUGCUUACCGCACCUCUACGGCAGUAUCUGUGAUAAACCCUACACUUCAUCCAAUUUCUAAUGGUACCACUGUAUAUAAUCUCUCAUGAUAAAACACAUAUUACUUAGCCAAGAGAGAUUUACUUAUUACUUAGCCAAGACAGCCAUAAGAGAUUGCAGUUUAAAAGGUAGUUGAUUUGAGGGUCACUUAAAUCUGUAUUUAGAAUCAGAAAAAUACACAAUUUGCCAUUACUGUGAGGAUGUGGUUGGCCAAGUAUUUGUAUUUUGGUUUAUGGGUCAGUUUCUGCUUUUGGUUACACCAGUACUAGUCACACAAAUGUAAUUAAGGCUGGUUCAGGGCUAUACACUCUAGACCACAUUUUGCUUUCUGUUAUGACAAUAUAACUGACCUGGCCCGGGAUUUAUAAGACUGACCCAGCCUCAGUUACAUUAAUCAGUGCCAAUCAUACUAACAGAAACCACAUGGCCUUUAAAUUACUAGAACUAGAUGUGGAAUCUGAGAUAUAGAAAUUUAGUAUCGUUUUAAGCCCCCAAUUCUACAAAGGUGUUCACACGUUUAACUUAAGGCACAUGCACAGGUGUUUGCAGGAUCCGGACCUUAGAAAUGAUACUGUAUUGAAUCAGAACAUAUACCACCAUUUGUAGAACAAUUUGAUAGAUCAGUGUUAAUCUUUCUAUGUUACAUUUCAUAAUGAUUAGUUCACUGGGAAUUAUAAGUCUGUGUUGUGCCACAGUUAGCAAAGAGACUUUUUUACAAGUCUCUAUAAAAUCACAUUCAAAACCUCUCAUUAUUUUAAAGUAUAUAGUUGCUUGUUUCUGGAAAUAGCUACUUUAUAUAAUGCAUGUGAUUAGUUUGCUUGAAUAUUUACAAUAAGUGGAGCCAUGAUGGUAGAAUUCCUGUGGAAUUAUGGAUUAAAUCUAUUUUAGUAUAAAUGAAUUAAUUAUACUUCAGGCUAAUUAAUGAUGAAUAUCCUCUCGCUAAGAAGUGUUGCUGUUUAUUUGCAAGACAAGUCAGACUCUAGGGCCCGCACAGUAUAUUGAUUUGAAUGAAUUUUGUAUAUUUGUGAGCACUUUUCCCCCUGGAGGCAGAUAAGAGGGCUAUUGAUAACCAGACCAUCACUGGACAUAAGCAUUCAGUUACAGGGACGUGUUUUCUCUUAUUGUUGCUUUUUACUGGAAAGUGAAUGUGAGAAAUCCAUGCACCGAGAGGCAGACUGAUGGCGUGUCUACACAGUGGGGUAAUGUGCACGAUGGGGAUGUGA